UCAUUGUGAAGCUGCCACGUGUCUAUUAUAAUGUUAAUGCAUUUAUUACAAUGCUUCUCUUUUAAUAUAUAAGGGAUAAAGAGCAUGGCCAAUGACCGUAAAUAUAAUUUAUAUGUAUAAAAUUGUGGCAAUACAUAUACAAUAGUUUUAAAUUAUAAAAAACCUAUUUAAAUAUAAAAAUGAUAAACUUAAAAUUAUUUUGCAAACAGUUAAUCUAAUAGCUAUAUAUACUCAUAUAAUAAUUAAUAUAAGUAAUAACUAUAAAAUAUAUAAUAAUAUGAAUACUUUUUUUAAAAGGCUUAAUAUGAAUACUUUUUGAAUAUUAAUGUUUGAAAUCAUUCUAAGAGCACGAGCAGUGGCUCAACUAUGGAAUAGUCUCUACAUAUAAAUAUUGAUAUAAAAAUGAAAGUAAAAGAGAGAAUACCAAAAAACAAAGAAACGGUUCUUUAAGAAGAGACGUUUCUCUUUUAAUUCUACACGUGUUUGUCUACUACUCUCUCUGAAUUUAAAUGUAUAAUGUUUAAGGUUUUGCACACAAAUUAAAAAAUAAUAAAUACACUAUUUUAAUUGUUAUUUUUUGGUUAUAUCAAUAAAGUUUCACCAUUCAUAAUUAUACUUUUUAUUUUAUGUUAAAUUUUAAAAAUAAUUACAUUAAUUAUAUCUCAAAACAUCAUAUAUUUGUAUACAAAAUAAAAAGAUAGAAUAUCAUACAUUCGUAUCCGGAGGGAGUAAGUUUUAACAGUUCUAAUUUUAAUUAUAAAUCUGUUUUAUGUUGAAAUAUUAAUAAACUUAUGCUGAGAGACUUAAUAGGAGAAACCUUUGUUACCUGAGAUGCUUUGUAGGCUUUCAAUCGGACUCAUUGACCUACUGGCAGAUACCCAAAUCUGGUAUAUAUAUUAAACUUGCACGCACGACUAGUACGUUUUCAUCGAUAAACGCGUUGUCCAGUCUGGCUUGUAUAAACAAUAUAAAUGGUUUUCCACGCUGGACGUUUUCAAAAACUUUUGCAUCGAUAUAAAGGGACCCCUGAUAUGGUUGGUGUUACAGACAUCUAAAAGAACAAAUAUGCGUCUAGGCUGUGAUCUCUCUGUUCUGGAAGAGCUAACUUCAAAUGCAAAGCAAAUACAAGAUGAUGUAUUGAACAAGAUACUCAAAGCUAACGCAAACACAGAGUAUCUCAGCCGUUUUCUCGAGGGGAGCUCCGACAAAGAGCUGUUCAAGAAGAACGUACCAGUGGUGAGCUAUGAAGAUGUUAAGCCUUACAUCGAUCGUGUGGCAAACGGAGAACCCACGGACAUCAUUUCUGGCGAACCCAUUACUACGUUUAACCGAAGCUCUGGAACUUCAAGUGGGAAUCAAAAGAUAUAUCCUGCGAACAACAUCUUCAUUGAGAAUACGCUAUUCGGAUUUGGACUGAGCUCUAUCGUCAUGUCCAAGCAUGUAGAUGGUUAUAAGCAAGGAAAGGUGAUGGUAUUUAGUUUCACUCACCGGAUAUCCACAACUCCUUGUGGUUUGCCUGUUGCUCCCGCGCUAACGAACUUCAUAAAGAGCAAAUAUUAUCCGAGCAUGGCAAAAAAUUGUACAAGCCCGUACGAGAUCACACUGUGUCCGGAUCCCAAACAGAGUAAGUAUUGUCAACUUCUAUGUGGUCUUGUCCAGAGAGACGAGGUUGUAGGUGUGGGUGCUACGUUCCCCUCUGUCUUGGUUCGAGUAAUCAAUUUUCUUGAAAAGUACUGGAAAGAGUUGGCUAGUAAUAUCAGGUCUGGUACUGUCAGCGACUGGAUCACCGACCGUAGUUGUAGAGACUCUGUCUCUACCAUCCUUGGAGAACCAAAUGCUGAAUUGGCAGAUCUAAUUGAACACGAGUGCAGCGAACAAAAAUCUUGGCAAGGUAUAAUUACAAGACUUUGGCCCAAAACCAAAUAUAUUGAAACUAUUGUUACAGGAACCAUGUCUCAACACAUCCCAGCAUUGGAUUACUACUCUAAUGAACUACCUCUAGUUUCCAAAGUUUAUGCAUCAUCUGAAGCAUUUUUCGGGAUAAAUGUGAAUCCUCUAAGCAAACCACAACAUGUGUCCUACACAUUCCUACCGAACAUGUCAUAUUUUGAGUUCAAAGAAGUUGAUGACGAUGGAGAAACCACCGGUGAGAUUGUUGAUCUAGUGAAUGUGAAGUUAGGUUCCUACUAUGAGCCCUUGGUCACAAACUUUUCCGGUUUACACAGAUGUAGAGUGGGAGAUGUUUUACAGGUCACUGGGUUUUACAAUAACACACCACAAUUCAGAUUCGUACGUAGGAAAGAUUCUGUCUUAUGCGUCGAUGUAGAGCCAACAACUGAAGAAGAUAUUUUAAAGGCGUUGGCUCGUGCAGCAGUCGUUCUUGAAUCUUCGGAUUUGAUUUUGACAGGCUUCACAUGCUAUGGUGACAUCUCCACGGUUCCGGGUCACUACGUCUUUUACGUGGAACUCAUAGCCAAAGUCAACAAUGGCACCAACGUUCUACAACUUGAUAACAAGGUGUUGGUGGAGUAUUGUUGUGUCAUGGAGGAAUCAUUGAGUAGUCUUUAUAGGAGACUUAGGGUAAAAGAUGGACCGAUCGGACCUCUAGAGGUAAGGGUUGUGGAACAAGGAACGUUUGAUUCUCUCAUGGAGUUUUUUGUCACCAGAGGUGCUUCUAUAACUCAAUACAAGACACCUAUAUGCAUAAACUCUGUUGAGGCUUUGAAGGUUCUUGAAGACAAGGUUCUUGCUCGGUUUUUCAGCGACAAAUCCCCUCCUAUCUGAUCUAUAUAUGACCUAUAAUGAUGACAUCAUUAUGAUGUUAUAAUGAUGACAUCAUUGUGA